AUGAUAGUCAGACAGGCAGUUCUUUUGAUACCGGCCAUUGACCAUUUUGACGACGCUCCGAUAGUACAGAUGAACUUCUUAUUUUUUAUAUUGGCAGCGCUAUCUUCUUCAUCCCUUUGUAACAGCGCUCGCAUCUUAGCACUGUUACCUGUCAACUCUCGGAGUCACUUCAUCGUAAUGGAACCUCUGCUAAUGGCCUUGCAAAAGAGAGGGCACCACCUCACUGUGGUUUCUAGUUUUCCCCAAAAAUACUUCCUCCAGAAUUACACUUACAUAGACCUUUCUGCACAAGUAUCAGCUGGAAAUUUUAGCUUACAGUUUAUCAGGAAUAAAAUGUCAAACCCCUUUAACACUCCAAUUUUCUAUAUGAAUUAUCAUAGGAUUGUGUGUGAACAUGCAUUAAAAAAUGAUCGCGUGCUAAAUCUUAUAAAAGAAAACUUUGAUCUUGCGAUAGGAGAGAUGUUUGGUUCUAACUGUUUCAACUACGUCUUUUAUAAGUUACGAGUGCCUUUCAUCAACUGGGUAGUCAGUACACCCUUACCAUGGAUUGAUACGCGUUUUGGUAUACCAGACAACCCUUCGUACAUCCCGAACUUUUUAAUGGAUUACAGUUCUAAUUUGACAAUAUUUCAGCGUGUUUUUAACACGGUCAUCCUACUUUAUGCGAAAACAACCUACUUUUUUUUCUCUGACCUCUCCGCCCAUAAGCUUGCAGAAGAAUCAUUUGGAGAGCAUAUGCCGAUGAUGAACGAGGUGAACCAGCAAACCUCACUGAUACUGUUUAACAGCCACUUCACUCUCUCUCAGAGUCGCCCCUUGCCACCAAACGCUGUGGAAGUCGGUGGAAUUCACAUUAAAGACAGGAGUCACUUGCCUGAGGAUUUAGAACAAUUACUGGAUGGAGCUGAAGAUGGUGCACUCCUGGUCAGUUUUGGAUCUCUCGUGAGGAUGUCCUCACUGCCACCUCAAGUGAUCCGCAUGUUUUUGGACGUUUUCUCUACUCUACCGCAAAGAGUUAUCUUCAAGUACGAAACAGAGUUAGAGGCUGUGCCUUCUAAUGUAUUUGUCAGGAAGUGGGUACCUCAGUCUGACAUCAUUGCUCACCCAAAUGUACGUGCUGUAAUAUCCCAUGGUGGACAAGCUAGUACCAUUGAAGCCGUAUACUUUGGCAAGCCUCUUGUGGUGAUUCCCUUUUUCGGUGAUCAAUACCAGAACGCUAAGAAUGUUGUACGGCGUGGAGUUGGUCUGAUGCUGGACAUCGAUAACCUCUCACAGCGAGAUAUAACAUAUGCGGUCAAGACAAUCAUGAAUGAUACAAGUUACACGGAAAACAUGAGGCGAUUAUCCCAGCAGUUUAGGGAUCGGCCGAUGACACCUCUGCAGACAGCAGUGUACUGGACAGAGUACGUCAUCAGACACCAAGGGGCGCCACACUUGCGUCCAGCUUCUGUCAGUUUGCCGCUCUACCAAUACCUGCUACUUGAUGUCAUUGCGAUACUUGUCAUCUCACUUGUUGCAGUGUUCUUAAUCAUUUAUAAAACUGUAAACCUCGUGCGUAAAGGGUUAUAUUUAACUUACAUGCACAAACUGGACCGAAAUAAGAAGGAAAUUUAA